UCUGAGGAAGGUAGCAUAGUGUGCAGUUCACUGGACCAAAAGCUUUGGCUGCACCUCUUCUGGAAAGCCUGGCCAUGGGGCUCUUCAUGAUCAUUGCAAUUCUGCUGUUCCAGAAACCCACAGUAACCGAACAACUUAAGAAGUGCUGGGCUAACUAUGUACAAGGACGUUGCAGGAAAAUCUGCAGAGUAAAUGAGGUGCGUGAGGCACUAUGUGAAGAUGGGAGAUACUGUUGCCUCAAUAUCAAGGAACUGGAAGCAUGUAAAAAAAUUACAAAGCCACCUCGUCCAAAGCCAGCAACACUUGCACUGACUCUUCCUCAAGACUAUGUUACAAUAAUAGAAAAUUUCCCAAUCCUGAAGACAUAGUCUACAUAAAUCAAAUACAAUUUCCUAUUCACUUGCUUCUCAACCUAGUCUGAUAAACUAAGGUGAUGAGAUCUACAUCUUCUUCCUUCUGGUUUCUUGAUCCUUAAAAUGACCU